AUGGCGACGGCAGCGCGGCGCCUCGUCCCCUUCCACCUCCGGCCGCCCGGCGCGCGCCCGCUCGCCGCCGUUGCGGCGGCUCCCCACAGCCGCAAGCGCGAUGCCGUCUCGUGCAAAUCCACCGGCAAGACCAGGGCGAAGAACAAGGCCAAGGACACCACCAUGUGGCGGCCGCAGCGGCGGGAGCUGGAGGAGCACCUCAAGCGGCGCACCCGCUCCGCCGGCGCCUUCGACCCCGGCCUCUACCGCCGCCACUCCCACUCCCACCACGUCCCCGUCUUGCUCGGGGAGGUCCUCGCCGCGUUCCGCCGCCCGCUCCCGCUCCGCUCCUUCGUCGACUGCACCCUCGGUGCCGCCGGCCACUCCCUCGCCAUGAUGGAGGCGCACCCGGAGAUGGAGCUGCACGUUGGCAUGGACGUCGACCCCUCUGCGCUGGCGAUUGGCCAGCGCCACAUCGAGGCUUUCCUUGUUAGUAGGGCAACUGGGGAAGGGGGAGAAGAUGCUCUGCAAGGGACACUACGCGCCUAUACUCACGUCAAGAAUUUCAAGUACAUCAAGCAUGUUGUUGGUGGCGUUGACGAGAGCCUGGCAGAUGGCUCGUCUGGAGUUGACGGUAUCCUCAUCGACCUUGGCAUGUCAUCCAUGCAGGUUAACAGGUCAGAUAGAGGAUUUAGUGUGCUCAAUGAUGGUCCACUUGACAUGCGCAUGGACCCUAAGGCAACUUUAACAGCAGAAGAUAUCUUGAACUCUUGGCCCGAGCUUGAAGUUGGGCGUAUCCUCCGUGAUUAUGGGGAGGAAAGCAAUUGGCAAUCCCUUCAGAGGCGAAUUGUUAAAGAACGGAAAACAGGGGGUUUACACUCUACUGGCGAGCUUGUCAAACUUAUCCAAAGAACGUGCACCAUUUCAGGAGGACGGCAAGGCUGGAUUAAAACUGCAACAAGGGUAUUCCAAGCCCUUAGGAUUGCAGUUAAUGAUGAGCUCCAAACUUUAGAAGACGCACUCCAUUCGUGUUUUGACUGCCUAGCACCAGAUGGCCGUCUUGCUGUAAUCUCAUUCCACAGUUUAGAGGACAGAAUUGUCAAGCAGACAUUCCUGGAGCUUAUUCGUGGGGAUGAAGCAGAGGAUGAUGAGGAAGACUUGGUAUGCGCUGACAUCGACGACGAAGAUGAGCCAUGGUUUAAGCAGAGAGUGCAAGGGACCAACGGCACUGUCCUGACAAAAAGACCGACAACCCCUUCACAAGAGGAAGAGAAACUAAAUCAAAGGUGUAGAAGUGCAAAGCUCAGAGUUAUUCAGAAGGCCUAA